UGUCGACACGCCCGCUAAACGAUGAUGAGGUUAUUAGCGAGAUGAACAAGAUGGUAGCCUUCAUCAAGCAGGAGGCUUUGGAGAAGGCGCGUGAAAUUAAAGUCAAAGCGGACGAAGAGUUUGCCAUUGAGAAGGCUAGGCUGGUCAAACAAGAGCAGCAGGCCAUUGAUGCUCAGUUUGAGAAGAGGCGCAAGAACGCUGAAGUAGCUCAGAAGAUCGCGCAUUCAACCCUCACAAACAAAUCUCGUUUGAAGCUCCUCCAGCAGCGCGAAGAGCAUCUGCAGGAUCUUUUCGAUACCGCUCGCACCAACAUCUCUGACCUUUCUGCUAAUACGACCGCCUACUCCCAAUUCCUCGAGACCAACAUUUUGCAGGGCGUACUCGCUCUUCUUGAGACUCAAGUUACCGUUCGUGUGCGGCACAAAGACGAAGAGAGCAUCGCAGAGGAGGCCGCUGAGUGUGCGGAGAGGAGGUACGAGGAGAUCAGUGGACGGACAGUGAGGAUCACUAUUGAGGGCAGCCUGAGCGAUGAUCUUGCUGGAGGAACUAUCCUUAUCAGCGGAAGUGGACGUAUAACGCUCGAUAAUACCCUUGAUGAACGACUGAGGUUGCUCGAGGACCGCAUGCUUCCUGAGAUUCGCCACGAACUCUUCGGCGCAAACGCCAACCGCAAAUUUUUCCAGUAAUCCGUGUCCACUAUCCAAGAUAGCUACCUGCAAACAAUGAUCACACGUGAUGAUGGCGCGAGCCGCUGCAUGAAUGCAAGAUAUCAAUCAGUAGAGCAAAGACCGCAUACACGCGGGUUGUUACUAGGCUUACAAUCCAAUCCUGUCAUGACCGUCAGACCAGAUGUAUCAAUUGCAUUUUUCCUCGUACUAGCCGCAGUAUGGUGCGCAUAACGAUGUCGGGUAGCCUAAUUAUCCUCGUUGGUUUCCCC